AAAACAUAUAGGCCUAUCUAUAGCCUAUUUAUUUAGAUCUAGAAUCUAGAUAGAUCUAUGAUUAUUAUUUUCAUUUAGUCUAGAUCUAAUAUUUGUCACGACUUAACAGAUGCUGUAAUUUGAAAUGAACAUCUGGCAGUUGGUUGUUGUGGGUGUGACUGUACAUGUUAUAUUCUUCUACUCCAUUUUUGACAUCUACUUUACUUCACCCCUAGUCCAUGGUAUGACACCUAUUUCUUCAGCUAAACCUGGCCCUGCUAAACGCUUGGUUCUUUUUGUAACAGAUGGACUCAGGGCUGACAAGUUUUUUGAGCCUGAUGAAGGCAGAGCUCCUUUUAUGAGAGAAAUAAUUGAGAAACAUGGUGUGUGGGGUGUGUCUCAUACAAGAGUACCUACAGAAUCUCGACCAGGUCAUGUGGCUUUAAUAGCAGGCUUUUAUGAAGAUGUUAGUGCAGUUGCUAAAGGGUGGAAAGAAAAUCCUGUAGAGUUUGAUUCUGUAUUCAAUGAGAGUAGACAGACAUGGUCAUGGGGGAGUCCAGAUAUCCUCCCUAUGUUUGCCAAAGGAGCAAGUGGAAAUCAUGUAGUGAUUCACUGCUAUCCUUCAAACUUGGAAGAUUUUGCUGGGGCUGACAUGACAAAACUGGAUACAUGGGUGUUUGAAGAAGUGGAGAAAUUUUUUGCUGCAGCUAAAACCAAUGCCUCUUUAAAGGAUUCACUGGAGAAUGACAAAAUAGUUUUCUUCUUUCAUCUUCUUGGUAUAGACACUCAUGGCCACUCACAGAAACCACACUCAUGGGCCUACUUAAACAAUAUCAAAUUGGUGGAUAAAGGCAUUAAAGACAUGGUGGCUUUAAUUGAAAACUUUUAUAACCAUGACAAACAGACAUCAUAUGUCAUGACAUCUGAUCAUGGAAUGACAGAUUGGGGGUCCCAUGGUGCUGGGCAUGCCCAUGAAACACUGACACCAUUUGUUGCAUGGGGUGCUGGCAUCAGGAAACCUGUUGUAUCCAGUAGUUGUGGGAAUUAUGAUGAUUCAUUCUGCACAGACUGGAAACUACAUACUGUAAAACGAACAGAUAUUGAACAGGCUGAUAUAGCACCAUUGAUGUCAUUUUUGGUUGGAGUUCCCUACCCUCUUAACUCAGUGGGUAAACUUCCAGUGGAUUUCUUAGAAGCCUCAGAUGGGGAUAAAGCUGAAGCCUUGUUUGCAAAUGCUAAACAGAUCCUUGCCCAGUUUCAGGUAAAAAUGGACCAAGUUAAACAAAGAUCUAUUGGAGCAACAUUCAAACCUUUCCCAGAACUUAUUGAACCAGAGAAACUUCAAGCAGUCAAACACAUACAAAACCUUAUACACAAUGGCCAGUUCCAUGAAGCUAUGAAAGAGACAUACGUCUUGAUUGAGAAAGCUUUGCGAGGGUUAAGAUACUAUCAGACUUACGAUCGUUUCUUUUUAGGGGUCAGUAUUGUGCUGGGAUUUCUGGGAUGGAUGAACUACAUUCUGUACCUUCUGGUCUUGGAGCACACCAAAAUUGGACAGAGUUUCUCAUUACCUCAAUGUAGCCCUGCUUUGAAAUAUUUUUUCUCAGUGCUAGGAGCAAGCAUUGUGCUUCUACUCUAUGUCCAGUCACUGUCCCCAAUGUGUUACAUCUACUGUUUGUUGCCUGUAAUUUUAUGGUACAAAUCUUGUCAAGGAUGGAGUUUGCUAGCACAUGCAGUCAGAACUUCAGCUAAAAAUAAAACAUUCCUAGAGUUGACAAUUUCACUUUUGUUUUGUGUAGUUGGCCUGGAACUAGUUAUUCAGAGCUUUUACCAUAGAGAGCUUUUAUCAAUUGGACUGUUGGCCAUGUCUGCUUGGCCCUUAGUAAAAUAUUCAUGGCAUGAGAAAUUUAAAAGAGACAAGAUUAUCUCCCUUGGUUGGUUCUGUACUUGUUUGACUGUUGCAGUUUUCCCACUUCUCCCAGUUGUUCAUAAGGACACACAUUAUAACAGAGUAAUUACAAGUGGGAUUUUCUCCAUAAUACUUGCUAUUGUUGGCAUGAAAAGAUUUUUAAAACAUGUGAACUAUAUUACCAAAUGCCUGUGGAUUUUACAAAUAGUUCUUGUCACCAUAUCUGUGGGUGUUGUCAAGCUGACAUCUGACAGUAUCUUACAAAAACAAGGCUUGCCAUUUGUUUGCCAGUGUUGUAGCUGGUCCGUACUAGUACUAUCUUCAAUCAUUCCAAUGUUCAGUCCGACUAAUUUGAUAAAAAGACUUUUUUCGCUCAGUCUGGCUUUUAUUGCACCAUAUCUGUUACUCAGCAUCACUUAUGAAGGCUUUUUCAUCUUAUCACUUUAUCUGCUGCUUUACUUUUGGCUGAAGAUGGAACACGCUGCCUCUAGCACUAAGAGCUUUGAACAAGUGGAUUUUAGUCAACAAAAACUAGUCAAAGACAACUUAACUACGCCAUUUUCUAGGCACCUAGAGUUACCUGACUUGAGAAGGGCUUUCUUAUUUAUUUUUUUUAUACUAACAGCAUUCUUUGGAACUGGAAACAUUGCAAGCAUCAACAGUUUUGAUCCAGCCUCAGUCUACUGUUACCUGACAGUUUUUAAUCCAUUCCUUAUGGGAGGGUUGAUGAUGUUGAAGAAUGUGAUCCCAUUUUUAGUUGUGACUUGUGCCUUCAGGGCAGUGCAUGUUUUGACUGCUACACCUUUGAGAUCAUUGUUCCUCAUUGUGCUGAUUAUGUCAGAUUUCAUGGGAUUGCAUUUUUUCUUCAUGGUGCGGGAUUAUGGCAGCUGGCUUGAGAUUGGGACAACCAUCAGCCACUACGUGAUCGUUAUGUUGAUGAACAUCUUCCUACUUCUGCUCACUGGCGCCUCCCAUGCUCUGACCUGUUGGAAGUUCCAGCUGUUCUAGACUCAAGGAACAUUUUAGAAGAUGCUCAUCAUUUUCGCACUUUUACAAAAGUUAU